UAUAUUUUAUAUUUUUUCGGCCGAGCGCCCCCUAUGGGCCAGCCGCCACUGUUUUACACAGUGUCCUAACUUUUUUGGGUUGUAGAUUAGAUAACUGCAUAAAACAGCACGUGUGUGUAUGGGUGUACCUGAAUAUGACUGUAUUUAAUGCCAAUAAUAUGCAAAUAAGAGUGUGUUAUAACAGUCAUUUAACAUACACAGGAUAUUACAGGUUGUUUUUUGAAACAUGAAUUGUGUAUGAACAGCCUCGAUAAUAUAGUUGCAGAAGAAGGCUUGACUUGAACUAGGCUUUGGAAUCAGAAUUCGAAUCAGAAUUGUUUUUUUUUAAAUCUUUAUUGAAAAGACUGACUAAGGAAUUCGAAUCAGAAUUGUUUUUUUUUUAUCUUUUUUGAAAAAGACAAACAGAUGUACACAGAACAGCAGACAGGUGCUCCAAUAUACAUGUAUCAUCACAAAAAAAUAAUAAAUAAAUAAAUCAGAGUACACUAAGGAUGUCAUAAGGUUUGUAAUAAAGGUGAUGUCAUUUUCUCCAUGGACAAAAUACAUUAUCACACUUCUACAGUCAAUUAAGAUGUUUAUUUUUGAGAUCAGAAAUUGAUAGAUUGGGCACAGUGGAAUUCGAAUCAGAAUGUAGAUGACGUCAACCUGCUCAUUUGCAUAUCGAACAGUAUUUAAAUCUCGCGCCUGAGGAUGAGACCCACACAGUGAGACCGACACAGGAAGAGUACAGUGCGAACAGAGCUCCUUAAUCUCUCCGCGACCUGCAGUAGUUAUUGUCAACGAUUUUGUUCGAGAUGUACAACUUUAUGUUCAGCAGCUCUGAUGUUCUUCACCGCUAUGAAGAAAAAUAUGGUGUUUCCCAAGUGGGGACAGCUCCAGGGAGUGCCACCAAUCUGGACCAUGAUGAUGGCUACUUCUCCGAUCGCUGGAGUCAAACGUUUCCUGGCCCUCUGCUGAGCAAAGAGAUACAGAAAGAGGACCUGGUUGCCUUUAUCCAGAAGAAAUCUCAGGAGUGUCUCCUGCAUGUGGAUGAACCUUGGCAAAAAGAAGCCUACAUCUUCUGGAUGAUUAUGGAGCUCUUCUGCAAGAAAGAUGGAAAACCAAUGAUGUGUGAAGUCGCACCAUGUGUCUUCAAGGGUUACAGGUGUCUGAGGAAGAACAGAGCAAAAGUUAUUGGUGGGGAGAAUCAGGAAAAUUGGUGCCUUUCUCUGGCACAUCUCUUGUGCUUCCCUGUCCCAGACGACGAGAAAAAAGAAGCUCUGAUUGAAAUGGCAGACAGUCUUGCCCACAAAGGACAGUUUUUUCCUGCACAGAUCUGCUAUGUGGUAGCCCAACAAGAACUGGGAACAUACAGUAACGCCAUCUUUGACCUGAUUGGAUGUGGAAGCAGGUUGCAGCUAAACAGUAAAGCAGCCAUCAGGGAAGCGAUUGAGCGUACUGAAAUCUAUGAAUACAUGCUGUUCCUGUCCUCCGGGUUCGCUCAGAAAAACUUCCAGAAAUACAAGGCCUUGCAUGCCAUCAAGCUUGCCGAAGCUGGACUUCCUGAUCGUGCUCAUGAGUAUGGUGUAUGCAUUGCUACAGCAGUGAUCGCUUCAUCCAUCAGCGUCUCGGGGCAGCUGAAGAGACUGAUGAUGAUGUUAUAUAAAAUGCUGCACCAGAAGAAGUCAGAAGAUCUUGACCAAGAACAGUUCACACAUAGCUGCCAUAACGUGUCUUUGGAGACUGCGGACUCCAAAUGUGGCCUAAUGUCUGGUCAGACUCCUGCACUCCAGCUUUCUCUUCCAGAGAUGAUCGUUACACCGCAGGAAGUGUUAGAGUCGAGGUACAUUCAGGGAGAGCUGCUGGGACAAGGAGGCUUUGGCUAUGUGUUUGCAGGAGUCCGUAAGGAGGAUGGGAAACAGGUUGCUAUUAAAUAUGUCUCCAAGGCAAGUGAUGACAAAUACAUCAACAUUCCCGGAGAGAAGGACCCCCUCCCUCUGGAAGUUGGCUUGAUGCUGAUGACGUCCACGCAGAGUCACUGUGAAAAUGUAGUAGAGCUGCUGGAAUGGUUUGAAGUGACUGAGUGGAUCAUCCUGGUUCUGGAGCGACCCAGUCCCUGCAUGGACCUGCAGGAGUAUUGUAGUUCUUACUACAAUAAUGAAAUGCCUGAAACACUGGCUCGUGACAUCAUGUGGCAGGUGGUUCAGGCUGCUCGUCACUGUUGUGAUCACGGAGUUCUGCAUCGUGACAUCAAGUCUGAGAAUCUUCUCAUCAACACCGAGACAUUGCAAGUAAAGUUGAUCGACUUUGGCUGUGGCGACUUGUUAAAGGACUCCUACUACACGAGCUUUUAUGGAACUCCUGUUUAUUCUCCUCCUGAGUGGAUAUGUGACAAGCAGUAUCUGGGACGUCCUGCUACUGUCUGGAGUCUGGGUGUGCUCCUAUAUUACUUGCUCCAUGGAGACUUUCCCUUUGAGACCAAAGAGGAAAUUAGUAAUUGGCACGUAUAUGUAGAUCGUACGCUGUCUAGAGACUGCCGUGAACUCAUAUUAUGGUGCCUGAAGAAAGAUCCUCAGUCUCGGCCAUCCUUGGAGGAGAUCAUCAGACACAAGUGGUUUACUUCAAGUGGAACUUCACAAGUGAAACUUCAGGAAGACCUGUGCCCGAUGUUUCACGAGAUGCCUGCGUAUCAGCUUUUUCCUCAGACACCCUGGAGGAGCCUAGACGGAGUGCUGCGGAAAAAAAACCCCAGCAGCUACGCGUUUGAGACGGUGACUGUGUGAACCACUGGUUUGUGACCUCAUGCUUCAGGUGGUUCAGGCUGCUCAUUAUUACUGUGACUGCAAAAUUCUUCAUCGCGACUUUAAGGCAGAGAAUCUUCUCCUCAACAGAGUGCAAAUGAAGUUAAUUGACUUUGACUGUGGGGACUUGUCAAAGGACUUCGUCUCCACGAGCUUUGAAGCAGACAUCCUGCUACUGGACACUUUCCCUUCCAGACCAAUGAUGAUCUGAACAUACUUGUCGAUCAUGAGCUGUUGAGAGGUCUGUGUCCUGAAACACAUCCUUGGUGCUCCAAACCUUUACAGCACAAAAAUAACCAAAAAAAACAAGUAAAUGAGAUGUAACCUUACAAAAUGUAGUGUUCACAUUAUUAUUGGAGAUUUCUGUUUAAAUAUUAUUAUUAUUAUUAUUAUUAUUAUUAUUAAUUAUUAUU